ACAAAACACAAAAAAAAAGAGACAAAACAAAACAAAAUAAGAAAUGUCGGUAGCACACGCAGACGACGCCGACGACUACAGCCGACCAACGGGAGAGACAUACCACGCGGAGAAAGCCUUACCGAGCGGAGACUUCUACACAGGCCAAUGGAGAGACAACCUCCCCCACGGGCACGGCAAAUACCUCUGGACCGACGGGUGUAUGUACGUCGGAGAAUGGCACCGCGGCAAAACCAUGGGGAAAGGCCGUUUCAGCUGGCCCAGCGGCGCCACCUACGAAGGCGACUUCAAGAACGGCUACAUGGACGGCAAAGGCACUUACAUCGACUCCUCCGGAGAUUUAUACCGAGGCUCGUGGGUGAUGAACCUGCGGCACGGCCAAGGCACGAAGAGCUAUGUCAACGGAGACUGCUACGACGGCGAGUGGAGGAGAGGGUUGCAAGACGGGCACGGGAGGUACCAGUGGAAGAACGAGAAUCAUUACAUAGGGCAGUGGAAGAACGGGAUGAUGAACGGUAACGGGACGAUGAUAUGGAGCAACGGGAACCGUUACGACGGUUCUUGGGAAGACUCUGCUCCUAAAGGGAAUGGUACUUUCCGUUGGUCGGAUGGGAGUUUUUACGUCGGAGUUUGGAGUAAAGAUCCUAAAGAACAGAACGGGACUUAUUACCCGUCGACGUCUACAGGGAACUUUGACUGGCAACCGCAACAAGUGUUCUACGUUGAUUUGAGUGAGUGUGUGGUUUGUACUUGUCAGAGGAUACCGGUUUUGCCGUCUCAGAAGAUGCCGGUUUGGUACGGUUCUUCUUCUGAGCAGAGUAGUAGUGGGAACAGGACUAAGAGCAGUGAGAGGCCGAGGAGGAGGUCUGUCGAUGGAAGAGUUAGUAAUGCUGAAAUGGAGUUGAGGAAUAAUGGUUCUGGUUAUCUUCAGGUAGAUGAUACGGAGAGUAACAGAUCACCGUUGGGGCCGUUGAGAAUACAACCUGCUAAGAAACAAGGACAGACUAUCUCCAAAGGACAUAAGAAUUAUGAUCUCAUGCUUAACUUGCAGCUUGGGAUUAGACAUUCUGUUGGAAGACCAGCACCGGCAACAUCGCUUGAUUUGAAGGCUUCUGCGUUUGAUCCAAAGGAAAAACUUUGGACGAAGUUUCCAUCUGAGGGAUCUAAAUACACUCCUCCACACCAGUCUUGUGAGUUCAAAUGGAAGGACUAUUGUCCUGUGGUUUUCAGGACUCUGCGGAAACUGUUUAAUGUGGAUGCAGCAGAUUAUAUGUUAUCGAUUUGUGGCAAUGAUGCUCUUAGGGAGCUAUCAUCUCCAGGGAAAAGUGGAAGUUUCUUCUACUUGACCAAUGAUGACCGCUACAUGAUCAAGACCAUGAAGAAGGCAGAAACAAAAGUUCUUAUAAGGAUGCUUCCGGCUUACUACAACCAUGUAAGGGCAUGUGAAAACACUCUAGUUACGAAGUUCUUCGGUCUUCACUGCGUGAAACUGACUGGCACUGCACAGAAAAAGGUUCGGUUUGUAAUCAUGGGGAAUCUAUUCUGUACUGGCCACUCCAUCCAUAGACGGUUUGACCUGAAAGGAUCAUCUCAUGGCCGUCUUACCACUAAACCAGAGUCUGAAAUAGAUCCAAAUACAACACUUAAAGAUCUUGAUCUAAAUUUCUUAUUCCGGUUGCAAAAGAACUGGUUCCAAGAAUUUUGCAGGCAAGUGGACAAAGACUGUGAAUUUCUUGAACAAGAGAGGAUCAUGGACUAUAGUCUCUUGGUUGGUCUUCACUUUCGAGAAUCUUCGUGCAAUAACUCUGCCACUCCUACUUCCGGAGCUAGAACCCCGACCGGAGACAAUCGUCCCUCUCGAGGAGAAAUGGACCGGUUUCUACUCGAUGCCAGCAAGUUAGCAUCGAUGCAACUAGGUAUAAACAUGCCUGCAAGAGUUGAAAGAACAGUGAGAAGAAGUGACGCUGAGAAUCAGCUUGUUGGGGAACCAACUGGUGAAUUUUACGACGUGAUUCUCUACUUUGGUGUUAUAGACAUUCUACAAGACUACGAUAUAAGCAAGAAGCUUGAACAUGCAUAUAAAUCAAUGCAGUAUGAUCCAACUUCGAUCUCAGCUGUUGAUCCAAAGCAAUACUCUCGACGUUUCAGGGAUUUCAUCUUCAGGAUCUUCGUUGAAGACACUUGAGAGAGUUUGAGACCAAUCCAUUCUAAUUAACUUGCACACACCCAAGGACCAAUGAACUUGAGGUUUACUUUUUGUUAGAAAUUCUAUUUUUCUAUAUAGAAAUAUCUGUAAAUUUUAAUAUUCGUUAUUUAACCAAGUAUUGUGAAAAUUAACUUUCUUCUUUGUAUUGCGUUUCUUUAAACGUGAAAGAAAGGAUGCGUAUAGAUGUUGAAUUGUAUUUCUUAUUAACUUUUAUCCCGUCCAAGUUUAUUGUCA